GAGUAAAGCAUCCUACCAAGAAGAUGUCAGGGCUGCUUGGAUUCGAAUUCCUGGACGAUGUCCGGCGAAUGAAUAAACGACAGCUAUAUUACCAGGCGUUAAACUUUGGCAUGAUUGUGUCGUCAGCGCUGAUGAUCUGGAAAGGCCUGAUGGUGGUGACGGGUAGCGAGAGUCCCAUUGUAGUGGUGCUCAGUGGGAGCAUGGAACCAGCGUUUCACAGGGGAGACUUGUUGUUCCUGACAAAUUACCAGGAGGAGCCAAUCCGUGUCGGAGAAAUUGUUGUAUUUAAGGUUGAAGGACGAGACAUCCCCAUUGUUCAUAGAGUAUUGAAAGUUCAUGAAAAGGAGGAUGGAAAUGUGAGAUUUCUCACUAAGGGAGAUAACAAUUCUGUAGAUGACAGAGGACUUUACGCCCCUGGCCAACUCUGGCUAGAGAAAAAAGAUGUAGUGGGUCGAGCUCGAGGAUUUGUACCUUAUGUGGGCAUAGUGACUAUACUGAUGAAUGACUAUCCAAAGUUUAAGUACGCAAUACUUGCCUGUUUAGGACUGUUUGUUCUCAUUCAUCGAGAAUAAAUUCAGCAAAGGGAGGUAACCCAGUGUAUGCAGCAUUUGGAGAGAAAAUCAAUCUGGAGUUGUUUAUGUCAGGAUAUGUUGACAGGGAGAACAAAGAGAAGUGAGACAUGGCAAUGUCACAUCCUAAAAAGUAAAAUAAGGAAUCAUCUUCACAACUUUGGAGUCAUUUAAUUGGUAACAUUUCCUCUGAUUAAUUUCCGAUCAUUUUCAUUUAUCGCCCCAUCACUAAGAGCUGGUUCUGUAAUAUUGCAAUCAGCAAUAUACAUACUGUUAGAAAAGUUCUACAUCUUAUUGCUAGAGAGACUAAAAUUUCCUUUAUUUUCUUCUUAGAAUUUCUGUUUUUCAUUGUUAAAUGAAAUUUCACGUGACAUUUUCCCACAAGAUAAGAUCUAAGGUACAUAAAUGACACAGCCCUGUCAAAACAAUUCUUUAUGUAAAUCAAAGUAAAUCAACACCAUCUGUGAUUUUGAGUGAAUGUUUAAAUGUGUGAAGGAAGGAUAUGUGACAUAAAUAUCUGUGAUGUAAAUAUCCUUGUCAACACAUUCAGAUAUACAAUAACACUGAUAUGUAAAAUGUGAGGAAUGCGUAUAUCUAAGGGGACAAGUUGUCCCAAUGACAAUGAAUUGGUGCAAGUUUAAGAGUUUGUAAUCUGUAUGAAUGGCAUUAAGGAGUGUAUGUUGUCAUGGUGAUAGGGUGUAUAGAAGUGCUGGUGUUGUAGGUGAGGAUGUUGAACAGGUGUAGCAGUGAUGGUGAUUGGGUGUAUACAUGUGCUAGUGGAUUAAAUGAGUGAGAAAAUUAAUUAAGAAUGACUAUGUAAAAUUGAUCACCAUUCAAAUGUCAUAUUGAUAAAUACUACACAUCUAUAGUGAACAUGUACACAUUUCUAAGCUUUAAAAUUUUAUGAUAAAACUUUCUAGAUGUUAGGGGGAUAUAUUUAAGAUUGAAAUUUUUGAUGUAUAAAUUUCCAUCAUUCAAAAAGACUCUAGUGAUAACAAUGAUGAAAUGAUACAUUGUUCAAUAUUCAAAAUUGUUUUCUAUGUUUAUUACUAAUUGUAGGAAGGUUCCACAAAACUAGAGUAGCAAUAAUUUUAUAUGCUGAGUAAUGUAACAUUAACAUAUUGUAUCUGAGAUCAUGUUAGUAUCACGAUGAGAUUGUAUGAGCAAAAGAUGUGUAGAUCAUGAUUCCAGAUGUGUUAAGGUUGUAUAUAACAUUUACCAGUUGGUGUGAUUUAUAUUUAAUUCUCUAGUGCAAUAUGCUAUGUAAGAAAUGAUGUGUGAUAGUGUGAUACAUAGAGUUCAGUCAUUUUUUAUCAUAAUUUCGGCGUGUAUUGUCCUAUAACAUUUUGUAAGUUUGAUUUUCUCUUGAUAGUUCUCGCCCUUGCUGAGAUUUUCAAUUAAAAGAUUUUUUCGACGAGAUAGAUCAUGAUAAUGAAUAAUUUCCUAGUCUUUCUUUUUGAUGUGACCUGUACAUGCAGCAGUUUUUUAAGAUCGUCUGAGCUAGUAAAUCUAUUUUGUAUAUAUAGUCUCUUCAAUAAAAUUAUCACACAUACAAAAUAAAAUUGCUCUGUAUUAAAUCAAA